AUGGUGGCUGGCUGGGCGGAUCUUGGCCGUCUGUUCUUGAGCGAGGCAGAAGAGAAGUCGAGGGGCGUCUGGGGCGAACGGCUUUGCCUGCUCUUGCUGCCGCCGGAUUCUGGAGGCGGCGCCGCUUUUGUGCUCUUUUUGCCAAGGAUGGCGCCGCCGCUCGAGAAGCGGUCGGCUGUUGCUGUUGUUUUUCGCGUCUUCAGCCGGGCGAAAGAACUUGAAGAGGAGGAAGCAAGGAAGCAGGAGAAGGUCUUUGUGCAACUUUUGUCUGAGAUUUUUGUGAAGGUUAGUGGUUUGAAGCUUAGUAGCAAGGGUCGAAAUUUUUCCUUUAACUUCUAUGCCUUUGAUAAAAAAUUGGGGCCUCUUGAUAUAAUAAUAUGUGAAGCUAUGUCCAUGUCUCAAGCCUUUUUUGAGUUCUUUGUUCAGAUGGUGUUCUUGGACAUGUCUGCCUCUUUUGUGUCGAAUGAGUCGAGUAGUGAAAAUUCUAGAUCGUCGGAUGAUGAUACGAGCUGUCUAGAUACUGUAACUGGCGUGCCAAGGAAUAGGCCCCGAGCCGGGUAUGACGUGGUUAUGUUUGAUUAUGGGAUUGGUGUAAAUCUUUCUGGGCCACUCGAAGGGAGUAUUCCUGCAUACAAGCUGGGAGACGAGAGCCCGGAAUCUGUUAUAACUUUUGACAAGUUGGAUGAACUCCGUGCUGUCUAUGCUAUUCCUCCUUGUGCCAGUCUGGCUGCUCCAUCUGGUUCGGAAAGGCCAGAUUGGUUAUAUCCAGGAUGGACGGUCCUGUAUGAGUGUUUUCUUCAGAUGGGUGCCCGUUUUCCUCUUCCUCGGCUAGUGUUCGAGGCUUGCACUCACUACCGCGUUGCUCCAGGUCAAUUGGUUCCGAACGUGUGGCGCACUCUCAUGGCCAUUCAGGUUUUUAGCGAGUUGAGGGGUGUUUACUUCAGUUUUUCUGAAGUUUUGCAGGCUUACAGUUUGGAGACGCAUAGGACUGAUAAUGUUCGAUAUCAAUUUAAGGCAAACCGUCCGCUUGUGCUAUCUCUUCCAGAUAGCGCUAAGAAAUGGCGUUCUAGAUACUUUUUCAUAUCCAAUAACGCACUAGGAGAACCGCGUGAUUCGAUUAUUCCACAGGCAUGGGAAGCUUGUACUUGUCCGAGGAGGGGGCCUACCAGCUUGUCUUUCGAUAGUGCUAGCAAGAUCGAUUGGUUUUUAGGUUUUAGCGAAGAGGAUCGCCAAAUUUGUAACAUUUUGACCGAGGCCAACUUGCGAGUUAGCUCUUUGUGGAGCCGCGUGCCCGCAGAUCACAGGAUGUCGAAGUCAUAUGUUCCUCCUCUGCUUGGGAAGGGCGCUGCAAUGGACGUGAUCCGUAGGAAUAGGCAGAAGGCUGCUAGCUCGAGUGGUGCGGUUACAGCUGAUGUUACCGCAGCACGUGUCCCGCAUUCGACCCGUGUUCCGGCUCACAAGAAAAAGCGGUCUGCUGAGGUUGACCUCACUUUGUCUGACCGGGUAGACGAUGAUCCUGUCAACCUGUCAUUUCCGAACGUAUCGGCGCAUGCCCAGCUUGGACCUGUUCGAGGGGUGGCCGAACAGCUAUUACUCCCACGUGACCGAGAUUAUUUGAAGGAGAUGGGGAGUGGCAGCGUGGCUAGUGAGCUCUUCGAUCAUGCCUUCUUGAGUUUGCAGAAAGCCGUCUUCCUGAUGGAGAGAACUGGUGCUAUGGAGGCGGAACUUCGUGAGUUGAGGGCCGAGCGGGAGAACUGGAAGGGAGAGAUGACGGCUGUCAAGAAGGCGCGUGAUGAGGCCCGUCAGGUUGUCAAGAAGUUGGAGUCUGCCAAGUUGGAAGAUGCUCGCCGGCUGGAGCGGGCUGUAGCGGACUGCAAGGAACUCGAAGCCAAAGUUGUUGCGUUGGAGCAACAAGUACUUUAUAAAAGCUGUGAGACGGAGGUUCGAGUUCGGGGCGAGAUGGCCUUGGCGUAUCUCGAGAAUCAGCCCCCCAAGACUUGGGAUGUCCAACAAUACAUCGAUGAGUUUAAUGAGUGGAAGGCUGGCAGGGAGGAGCAAGCGGCGGAGCUAGCUAGCAACUUGGCUGAGAUGACCACUGAAGACGAUCAUCUUUAGACGGGGAAGCGACAUCUUGAGGAAGAGACGUCUUAUCAUUUUUCUUGCACUGUUUGAAACUUAACUAUUUGACUAACUGCUUGUGUUGGUAUGCCUCCAGCUUGAACUUUUAGACCAUUGGGUCGGUUCAAGCUGUCUACUAUGUUGUGAUGUUUUCUUUGUGAACUCUUUGGGAAGUCAGCAUUAUUGUAUAUUUGUGAGAUUUUCCUUAUUC